UUUUGCUUCCGCUGGGAGCAGAGAACGGGCGCAAGUGAGCCCGCGAGUUGUACAAAGCACAGCACCGCGUAUCCGUUCAAUUGCUCCCGAUAGCGAACCAGCCUGGACCAGACCAACAGACCGGUUUCCCAGCCAGCGCCUGUUAUCCUCCCUCAAGUCUUCCUUUCUUUAAAGCACCCUAAUUUCCUCUCUCUCUCUAUCUCUCUCUCCCUCUCUGCGCCUUUGCGAUUUACCCCUACCCUCACACAGAACCCCUCUCCUUUUCACGUCUCCACCCAACCUCACCCUUCCUCUCCAUCAAACCCCACUUUAACAUCACCAUGCCUUCGAAGCAGAAAUCAAGUGACCCAAUUGAACACCUCAUCGGUGGAGCCGUCUCCGGACUAUGUGCCUGCGUCUUUGUCCAGCCCCUAGACCUGCUCAAGACACGGCUACAGCAGCAGCAGCAAGCCCAUCUUGCUUUUAUCAAGCAGGGCAGUCAGGCCGGCCUCACCAUCGCUCCUCUGGAAAGCACGAUCUGGAGGACUGUCUUCGGCAUCAUCAAAGAGGGCUCGGUGCUCAGUCUGUGGCGUGGAACCGUUCCCACAGUUGUCAGAAAUGUGCCUGGCGCUGCCAUGUACUUUACAGUAUUGAACGAGGCGAGAACUUUGCUCGCAAAGCGCAAGAUCAAUGGCCUGGAACGGACAGAGACCAUGUCCAGCAGCAGUGCCUUGCCUAAGCUGAGCAAUACCGAAAAUCUGAUUGCUGGCGGUGCAUCCCGAGCUGCGAUCGGCUUUGUGAUGAUGCCUGCGACGGUGAUUAAAGUGCGCUAUGAGAGCAAUCUGUAUAAUUACAACAGCAUGUCUGGAGCUUUCUCGUCCAUCUUCAGGAACGAAGGAAUUCGAGGAUUGUGGGCAGGAUUUGGUGCGACCGCUAUGAGAGACGCUCCUCUUGCCGGUCUCUAUGUUCUGUUCUACGAGCAGAGCAAAUCCCAUCUCUCAGCAUUGAGGGCAACUUCGGCAUACUUCGAUGUGAGCACACCCACCAUCCAUAUGGUAUCCGGUAUCGCUGCGGGUUUUCUUUCCACAACCUUAACGCACCCGUUCGAUAUGCUGAAAACAAGAAUGCAGUUGAAGCCUGCAGAAUACAAGAAUGUGUUCCAAGGUGCCCGCAAGGUCCUACUGGAGGAAGGUGCAAUCGGGUUCCUUGAUGGUAUUUUCGUGAGAACGAUACGCAAAUCGAUCCACUCUGCCAUCUCUUGGACCGUGUACGAGGAGGUUGUGCGGUGGCAACGGGCCCGAAAGGCUGACCAUCUCCUGUGAUAACGCCACGCACAUGCUUAGGCGCCUAUGUCUGGCCAUUGCAAUACCCACAUCUUACAUAUACCUCAUGAACAAUGAUAACACCAGCGCGGGUUCCGCGACAGCUUGAUUUAGUACUUCGUAUAUAUGUUUCGUUCAUAAUCAAAUAAAACAAUAUAGUAAUCUAACAACAA